UCUUUAAUUGAUUUCUUUUUCUGCUUCUUUCUGUCUUGCAUCAUAUACCUCAAUCCACACACACGUUUAGUUUAUACUGCAAACAGACAACACCCACAAAGAAGAGGGAAGAAAAAUGGAAACUUUGGCACACCCAUCAUCUGAAAACAAAGAAAGAAGAGUCCACAUACACCACCUAUCCUCUCUGUCUCUUCAAUGGCCCAGUUGGACCAAAAUUUAUGUAAAAAAGAGUCUUGAAAGAUAGAGAGAGAAAGAAAUCAUCAGGGGUAGAGAGAGAGAGAGAGAGAAAGAGGAGAUGUCUUCAAACUCCAACCAAACCCACCUCACACACGCACAAAAACAAAUUUCACAUACAGACCAAUUAAUUAUGGUUGUGCCACAAAUGCCCUUCUGCAACCCCCCAAAAAUCUCCAUCUUCAUCACUCCAUUGUCUACCAAACGAACCGAUAUAUGUGGGCUUUUUGGGGCUUUGUAUUUGGUCAGAGUUUCGUCACGAACAACAGAGAAAACAGGAAAAGCAAGAACCUUCUCACCCCCACACCCAUUAAUCUUUCUUUCCUUUAAGUCUUUCUUCACCACACCUAUCUAUCUCCCCCUCCCUCCCUUUCUUUCUCUCUAUUCCUAUUUUCUUCUUGAAGUAGGCUUUGCCUCUCUCUCUCUCUCUAUUCUUUUAUCAAUUGAUCUCUUUUCCAGAGUGCGAUUUUCAAGAAAGUUGAGAUCUGAUGAGUAAGAUAAUGAAAGGGAUUGCUUAUGAAUCAUCUUCUCAUGUGUCUUACGAGGAUGUUAGGGCAAGAUUUAAGCAUCAAACCCUUCUCCAAGAUUACCUAGAGUUGCAACAGGAAACAGAGGCUGCAAGAAACAAAUUGGAAGCCAUGAAGCAAAAGAAACAGACUUUAGAAGCUGAAGUUAGAUUCUUGAGGCGAAGGCACAAAUUUCUAUUGAAAACCAAAUCAUCAACUUCACAACAACUGAAAUCACAGAAUGUGGAAACCACCCAAUUCAGGAAAAACAAGAAGGAGAAGGUUUACCCGAAAAAGUCUGCAACUUUUCCCAAUUUGCCCCCUAUUCACAACCUAAACCAAAGGGGAAGAGGGUACACAGAGAAGAAAAACAUGGUUCCAAGUAGACCAGUUCCUGUAUAUGACUUGGAUCAAAGGGUAAAUUUGCAUGGUGUCAAUCUAAACCAAGAAGUUGUGGGAAACAACUUGUCUCUAGUGAAUGAGUUCAAUCAGAAAGAAGUUGUGGUUCAAGCUCGAGCUCCUAUAUUCGACCUGAACCAGAUAUCAAUGGAAGAAGAAGAUGUGCAAGAAGGGUAUGAGGAGCAGAGGAAAGAGCAGCAUAAUGAUUUAAAGCUAUCUAUGUGUAGAAAUGUUGGGGAUGGUUCAACGAGUCGAUCAGGGAAGAGGAAGAUCUCGUGGCAAGAUCCGGUGGCGUUAAGGGUAUGAACGGAAGGUUAAUUAGGUAAAAUCGAUUUUGACUUGGUCAUCGGUUAUGGGUUAUAUUGAUCUUUGACAGUAAUGAUCUUAUGUAAAGAAAAGUUUGUGGGGUUAGUGAGUUUUUGGUUUUUGACAUGGAAACUAUAUGAAGGAUGAGGAAUCAUAAUCAUGUAUAUGCUGCUUUAUCAAUCCUUUGUUUAAACAAGAAGUUUUUUUGAUCUUUUUGUUA